AAAGGUGACUCACACGCGAAAUCACGCAGAAGCGCUUACUACGUCUUGGCGUUCGAACGUGUCCACAGCGCGGAAACCUCUUGGAGAAGGAACGAGGAGGAUCGCGGUUAGAUCGGACAGAGGACAUUGGCGGCGCGUCUGGACGAUGGCGGAGGAUCGAUCGGCGCCUCGAAUCGAAUUCCUGUUCGUUCGUUCAUUCAGGAUCACGGUCAUCAAUGGAGGCGCGGAUUCUUGGAAUCCGUGUCAAAUUCCUGGCAGCCGGCCGAAAUAUAUCCGGGAUCGUCAUUCAAGAUCAUCGACGACGACAGGGACACGUCAUCUCGACGAUCCGAUCAACGGGGGAAUUCGCCUCGUGGACGAGCACCGCCAAAAUAAUUCGACGCACGAUCGGCAGCCUCGAGCAUUCUCUCCACGACGACCGAUCGAACCGUCGACGAAAUUCCCCUGGACUUGGUUUGCUAAUCCAGUUAAUACACGAGAGAAAAAGGAUCGUCGAGAAGGAGAAAGGAAAAAAGAAUCAUGGUUAUAAAUCUACAGCCGCGAAUGGUAUUGCGAAGAAUACUUAUUAUUGUCUCGAACUGAAAGGAAGGUCUUCGAAAUGCAACGAGCUGGUUGAUGAUAGGGUCGUCCCGUAUGGGUCCGUAAAUUAUGGUGCUACAUGUAUGGAAGUUGCCGCAUAACUACGUGGAAAGCUUGCUGCUCGCCGGAUGAUAGACCACACGCAGACCCUUUCGUAUUUUUGUUAGAAACAUCCGUUCAAAAAUCGGCGGUCGAAUAUGGAAUUGGAGGAUUUCGUCGAUGAUUAUUGCAAUAUUGACCUGGUUGCAAAUUAUCGUUACAAAGUGAUUUGGAACUUGAAAAAUCUCUCUUCUUUUUUAUCAAAUCGAAUCCUCGUCAAGUCACGAAUAAUAAAGGAAGGAGGAAUUCUUGAAAUUUUAGAAAUUAAAAGAAUGGAAUUAAAUAAAUUCAAAAUGGAUGAAAACGUGUGCUCGUUUCGACUUGACAAAUUUUAAAUUUUCACAGAAUUCACUCGAUUCGUGAAAUUCAAUAUCCAAUUCGAUAUCUGAUUCGAACGAAAUCAGAAAUGGAAAUCCCUGUUUCAGACUUUGUUGCAAUUUACUCGCGAGACGACCAAAUAGACGUCGAGAUAUCUGCUAAAUCGCUUUUGAAAGUAGCGUUCGAUCGAAAGGAGGAUCGAGAAGAAAUCGAAUUUCAAAACUAAGUUUUCUCUCUCGCACGACAAAUGUUAUAAUUUCAUCCAUAUUUUAUUAAACGAAAAAGACAAACUCAUUUUUCCCAACUUCCUAUUCUUCCUAUUUAAUUUACAAAAAAAGAAAGAAAGAAAUUAAAUUACUUGGCGAUAAGAGA